UCAACUUUACCUCCAUCUUCGUCAUGUGAUUAUCUGUCUCGUUGUACCAUUUUGCUUCCGAAACCAACCCCACUCAGCAUCUACUCUUCACUUCCACCACAGACGCAAUAACUCCAACAUAGCCCACUUAAAAACCUCCCCCCUUGUUGGUUUCUUUCUACUUUGCAAGAACUUCCAUGGCUUCCUCACCGUCACCGCUCAAGCUUCUCAUAUUUGGGUUAAUGAUGUUCAUUUUUUUGAGUCCAAACGUUGAAGCCAAGGCUGAUGAGGCAAACUUAAAGCUUAACACGGAGACACUCGAAUGGUCACUGUCAAUGCCUUACGAAGUGAUGUUGGAUGAGGAUGAAGAGGGAGAAUAUCUAGAAGAUGAUGAGGAAAGUGAGUUUGGUCGUAGAUCACUGUUCUGGCAUAGAAUGAAGUUCUACAUUUCGUAUGGAGCUCUGGCUGCAAAUAGAAUCCCAUGCCCACCUCGCUCUGGAAGGUCUUACUACUCCCACAACUGUUACAAGGCUCGAGGCCCAGCGAAUCCUUACACCAGAGGCUGCUCGGCCAUCACUCGUUGCAGAAGAUGAGAUCAAAUGUAUGUUCGAUCGAGUGAAUCUGUGUGUGUUAAUUAUAUUUAGUUUGUCUUCAUUAAGUACUUGUUUUUUCACGCUGUACUUUUACGUGCUUAAACAACGUAUUCCAUAUUAA